AUGGCUAUUGUGUUAUUUUGUUGUUCAUGGGUUACAACAAUUGCUAGAGGGAAACGGGGCCGAGGGAGUCAUGUUGAUGGGGCAAGUGAAGAUGCAAAGUUUUCUAAUGAUUUUGAUGUGGUUUACAUUGGAAGCAGUUGCUCCUUGCUUGUUGUAGACAGAGGAAACCAAGCCAUCAGAGAGAUCCAGCUGCAUUUUGAUGACUGUGCUUAUCAAUAUGGAAGUGUUUUUCCUCUUGGAAUUGCAGUGUUGGUAGCAGCUGGCUUCUUUGGAUACAUGUUAGCAUUUCUGCAACGUAGGGUGGGAAUGAUUGUUUCUCCUCAGAAUGUUGCAAUGAAAACAAACGAUACAGGAAUUCCUUAUCAGAAGCUUAUCAAAUCAUUUAGGCCACCUUUGAUCCCAACGGAAGAGGAACAUGAGAAGCAUGAAGAAGGCCUAUUUGGGUCCCUUGGCAAGCUUGUCAUCAACACUUAG